GAUAAUAAUCAGUUUAAUGGUCAAGAUUUUCCCUCUUAAUCAACUUAGCAUAAAUAUUUAUGACUUUGGGUGAAAGAUUUUCUUGACAUUGUUAGGUAAGUGCCAUUGAUUCAUUGAAAUGAAAUAUAUCUAUAGCCUAAUAGGGGAUACAUUUUAAAUCUUUAAUAGCCAUAAACCACCCAACUACAAAUUUAACACCAGAACAAACAACAAUGAGACAUUUUAUUUUUUAAUUAACCACUCUUUUAAAAAAAUUCAAUGUCAGAUUCUUCUUCAGUUCAUGUUCAUCUCCCAUGGAGUUCCAUGGAGAGAGAAACAACCAAUGGAAUUUCAUGGACGAUGAGAGAAAAAGCAUCAACUUGCCUAGGAGACUCUCUUUUGGUAACCACCACCAUCAUCAUCACCACCACCACCAUCAAAACUCGCCUGAUCGCGGGGGUGUUCACUAUGCCCCGUCAAGACCCUCUGCUGCUACAACCACGUCUGUUCCGACACAGCAUCUGCCUCAGAGGCCGCCAAUGAGUCCAGAGCGGACAUCUGAGACUCCAUGGACGCUCUCUCCAGUUCGAACCUCUCCAACUCAGCCACUUCUUUACCAUUGCAUAGCGUCUCUUCAUCGCCACGAAGGUAACAUUUUCUCCAUUGCACUCUGUAAAGAUUUCAUUUUUACUGGCUCCGAGAGUAGUCGUAUUCAUGCAUGGAAACAACCAGAUUGCACUGAAAUGGGAUAUAUAAAGGCCAAUUCUGGUCAUGUUCGUGCCAUUUUAGCCUAUGGAAAAUUGCUCUUCACAACUCAUGGUGACUUCAAGAUUCGUGUUUGGGAUGUUUCUGAUAGAGAGAGUUUUAGGCCUAAAAAGAUCACGACUUUACCUCAGAGGAGUCCAUUAAUGCUAUUCUCCAAAAAGAAUGUAUUGCAGCACAAGGAGUACAUAUCUUGCAUAGCUUAUAAUCAUGAUGACAAGCUUUUAUAUACAGGGUCUUGGGACAAAACGGUCAAAGCUUGGAAGAUCAAUGAAAAGCGUUGUGUUGACUCGUUUGUGGCUCAUGAAGGUCAUAUAAACGCAAUAGUUAUAAACCAUGAAGAUGGGUGUGUUUUCACUUGCUCAUCUGAUGGUUCAGUGAAAAUCUGGAGAAGGGUUUUUGGAGAAAGUUCUCAUAUUUUGACGAUGACCCUUAAGUUCCAACUUUCUCCUGUUAACGCUUUGGCUUUGAGCUUGUCACCAGGGACUUGUCUUUUGUACUCUGGUUCCUCAGAUGGGAUCAUAAAUUUUUGGGAAAAAGAGAAGACCUCAGGGAGAUAUAACCAUGGAGGUUUUAUGCAAGGUCAUCAUUUUGCUGUUCUCUGUCUGGUUGCCAUAGGAGAGUUGGUGUUUAGUGGCUCUGAGGAUGCCACUAUUCGGGUUUGGAGAAGAGAAGGGAAUUGCUUCCAUUCUUGUCUUGCAGUCAUUGAAGGUCAUCAUGGACCAGUGAGAUGUUUGGCAGUUUCUCUAGAAACAGAGAAUGGAGUAAAGGGAUUAUUGGUUUAUAGUGCAAGUUUGGACCAGACUUUUAAGGUGUGGAGAGUUAAAGUUUUCCCUUCUGAAAAGGCAAGCUUAGAAGAUCCAACUAUUGAUCCGCAAAGAGAAAUUGCUGACGAUAUAAGUCCGGUUUUGAGUCCAGUAUUGUCACCAUCUUGGGUAGAGAAAAAGCUUCAGGGCAACCACUUUUAGCGUGAGGCAGAGGAAGGGAAAGCUUCAAGAACAAGUACCAUUUGUUCAUAUAUGUUGUUUCAGAUCCAGCUAAAACUCACUCCUUUUUCUUUUUCGUAAAGAAUUUCAUAAAUUUUAUACAAUUACCUAACCAAACAAACCAUGUUCAAUAACAACAACAAUACAGUGAUGAGUCUGACAUAGUUUUAAUUAUCUAGUAGUCGUUGCUUAUCAAUUAUAUAUAUACCACUGUCUGAGAACAGACUCAUUACAUGUGUCCCACUUGGAAACCAACUUCAAAUGUUAGAAACUUAAUUCUACAUUCACUUAUAUAUAUAUAUAUAUAGUCUCAACGAGUGUAGAGAGAAAGAAAAUAAACAAUUCUGCCAAUUCUUGAAAGUUGUAAUUUUGCUGGGAUCCCCAGCACAUACGCUGUGGUAAUAAACACCUUGUUUUUCCUGUCAA